AUGCUUUCAAUAUUGGGUAUCUGUACAUCAUCAGAAGAAAGAGAACGUCGACAGCGUAGCAUCCAAAUAGACCGUGAAAUCGAGCUGGCCUCGCAACGGAAUAGACAAGAAUGCAAGCUUCUGUUACUAGGCAGUGGAGAGUCUGGCAAGUCCACCAUUGUCAAGCAGAUGAAAAUCAUUCAUCAAAAAGGUUAUUCCAAAGAUGAACUGAGAGCAUGGCGAUCGAUCGUACACAAGAAUCUUGUCGAUUCCGCUAAAGAUCUAGUGACUAGUGCUCGCAAAUUAAACACAGAGUUCAGCGAUCCUAGAAACGAGGAGAUUGUACAAGAUUAUGUCUUGCCGAUCGAAAUACCACCGGAUGAAGGAUUACCCGCAGACCUGAUCACGGCGAUCCAAACGAUUUGGCAAGAUGAUAGCACACCCGAGAUCCUCCAGCAAGGCUCUAGUCAAUUUUAUAUCAUGGAUUCUGCUUCAUAUUUUCUAAAUCAUGCAAAACGCGUUUCGCAGCCCGAUUAUAUUCCAACUGUCGACGACGUAUUGCAAGCACGGUUAAAAACAACGGGCAUCACGGAAACCUGGUUUUUGAUGGGAAAACUUAAUGUUCAUAUGUUUGAUGUCGGUGGUCAGCGGUCAGAACGGAAAAAAUGGAUUCAUUGCUUUGAAAGUGUCACUUCCAUCAUAUUCUGUGUGGCACUCAGUGAAUAUGAUCAGGUUCUGCAAGAGGAAUCCAAACAGAAUCGCAUGAUGGAAAGUCUCGUACUAUUCGAGUCAGUCGUCAACUCACGGUGGUUCUUACGGACAUCUGUGAUAUUGUUUUUGAACAAGAUCGAUCUGUUUGUUUCCAAAAUCAACCGAGUACCGUUAGAACGCUAUUUCCCAGAUUAUACAGGUGGAAAUGACCCAUCCAAAGGUGCAAAAUACUUGCUAUGGCGGUUUAAUCAAACAAAUCGAAUGAAUCUCAAAAUAUACCCACAUCUCACACAGGCUACAAGUACUAGUAACGUUAGUAUCCAUUUUUCUGCGAUCGCCGAAACAAUACUGAAGAAUUCGUUACAAGAUUCGGGUAUCAUGUAA